AUGUCAAGUUCUUUAGAAAGUUAAGUUUUAUUUGCAUUAUGGGAUUUAUAUCAACAAAAUUAAAUCUCAAUGGAAUAAAAAGGAUGUAUUAAAGGUAAAUAUAAGUUUUAUAAAAGAUUUAUUAAUCAGAAGAGAUUAUAAUUUCUACUCCUCUAUUUACAAUUGCUAAAGAUUAGAUCAAUUAGAAGAAAAGCUACUUGAUAUUUUGAAUUGUAUAGAUCUUUAAAUUUUGUUCUGAUUAGGCUUCCCCAAGAGAUAUAGAUGCCGAAGAAACUAUUUGUCCAAUUAUUCGAUUAAGUAACCAUUCCAACACUCCAACAACUAUAAAAUCAUACUAAAACAAACCUUAAAAGAGAUUUAGGUUUAUGAGUUCUAGUAAUGAAAGUGAAAUGGCCUAAAACAACUAAAAAGUGAGAUCAAACUCAUUCCAUCAUUAAUGA